AUUUCAAUCUAAUCCCAAUCCCAAUCCGUAGUCUGAUACGGGCUUUACGUCACUCUACGGUUGAGAUUUGACUAAUCAGAAUAAAGUUCACUAAAUUUGAGAUUAAUGAUAUCUCCCUGCUGAUAUCGACGAAAUACUUGAGACCGCACUCAAUCUUUUCUCUCCUCGUCUUUGCCAACAUUUAAACGUAUAUUUAUACUUCACUCUAGGAUUACGAGGAAAGUCUUCCUCAGAGAAAAUCUUUUGGAAUGUAAAUUAUAAAAUGGUGUAGUAUGAUAAAAUUAAUCUGCACCGAUGAAAAUGGACCUGAAUCCGCAAGUAUCUACAUGCGAGGCGGCCUUUACGGUGCAGCUCCGAGUGCGGACCAGUGCAGACAACCGAGUGUAGUACACACGGCGUUGGUUAUCGACGAACAGCUCGGAUGACAAAAUACGAAAUUAUCUUAAAAUGACUCAUCGAGUCCGCGAGGCGUCGGCCAGACGUUAAAUAUGACCUAGUAGUCUCGCAUUACAUUCUAUCGUCUACUCGCUGUCGCCGGACAAUCUCCAGUCCUCGUGAAUUUUCUCGCAAACCGUGGAGAGAAUCGGGGCCAGUGAUCAUGGCGUGUUGUCGUGCGAGAUCGCGACGGUAAAGAGCGAACAGACGGGACGGUAUGGACGAUAAGCGGCGCAGUCCUCGCGACAGACAGGCCUAAUCCCCUUUCAAUCCUUCAGGAUCCACCUGGCUCCGCCCUCCUCCUCUUCCUCCUCCUCCUCUCCGGAGUAAACCAUCUGGCGUUCGCGUGCGAACUUCAAAGGCUCGAAACCGACAGCUCGCGUGUCAAUGGCACGCGCAGCGGGACGGAAAGGGGUUUCUUUCUGAAAGCCGAGCGCGAAUAAAAAAGCAAAGACAAUGCCGCAAACGACCACUAUCGAAACCCUUACGGUGACCAGGCCGCUCAAGGUGAUCGCGUUCAUAUGCGGGAUCAUAGUGGUGCUGCUGAUGAUAAUGGGCCUGGCGUCGACCGACUGGCUGAUGGCCCUGGGGUGGAGGCAGGGCUUGUUCGCCCACUGCAUCGAGGAAGGCGCCCCGACGCCACUACCCUUCAACAUGCCCGACCCGCCGGGCUGCUACCCGGCUAGGGACAGCGCCUACAUAAAGGCGGCCGCGGCCUUGUGCGUGGUGUGCCUUCUGACUGACAUCGCCGCGACGAUCCUCACCGGCCUGGGCUUGCGCACGCAGGAUCACAGGGACAAGCACAAAUAUUACAGAUUCGCAGUGUUCUGCAUGGCCCUUGCACUGGUGUCCCUCCUGAUAGCGCUGAUCAUAUAUCCAAUAUGUUUUGCGGCAGAACUGAAUCUCGGAAACCGAACCAACUGGGAAUUCGGUUGGGCGUACGGCGUCGGCUGGGGCGCGGUCAUUUUCCUCGUUGGCGGCGCGGUACUGCUGCUGUGCGAGAAGGAAAGCGAGGAGAUUUACUAUAAGGAGAAGAAAACCGUUCGCGAUGACAUAGGAAGCGGCGGUUCCAUGAUUGGCAUGGGACAUCACGCUGGACGAGGCGGUACGCAGCUAGCCUAGUGGCAUUGCUCCCUGCCCGAUGUUGUUCUCUAGGUGAUUUGUUUCGUCUUUCUUCCGCUCUCACACAGUUCGACACAUGCGCAUACGAGAAGGUAUACAAGCCUAUGAGAAUGGGUAUUCGAUAGGGCGUUUUUGGCUGACGCCAAGGGAAACCAUCCUUACGGAUUCUCCGACCAAUCUGGAUUUCCUCGGUACACGAGUAUCGAGGUGUCGGCAGCUUUUUAAAUACAACAAGGCAAAGUCUAAAACGCGUAAAUAACAAGAAAUCCUCGGUUGGCCUUUCGCGAAAAUUGAAAUUUUACUAUCGAGACGUUUAGUGCUGACGCUAAUGGAUUAAUGACGCCGAUUGUUUCGCGGGAAACAAUCGACUGGAAAUUAGCCGGAGAAUCCGUCGGUCGGUUUUCAUUGUCGUUGUUUGAAAAUAUCUGAGGUAGAUGUAAUCUGUUCAUUAGAUGGGUGUGUAUUCGAGUUACUAUUAGUUUCAAGUAGGAUAACAUCUCGUUAAAGAAGUACGCAUUUCGAUCGUCCAGUUUUCGACCGUUUCUCAUUUAACUACUGACAAUUUCGGGACCAUUAUCAGCUUCGAUUUCGGUUCUCGUGUUUGCCACAUCUCGUAUGUUCUUGGACAGUUUUAUACGCGCACUUUGUAUAAUAUAUUUUUGUAUUUUUAUUGUAAUUUUAAUUAUAACGAUUUAUAUUAACGACGCUGCAUUCAUUGAUCAUAAACUAAAUUCGUAAGAAUAUCAUACUCGUCACCGAGUAUGAGAGACAAAAGACAAAAUUCCAGCACGAAUUUUGUGUUUCUUUCGUGUAAAUACACACAUACGCGGAUUGUUCUUGAUGAAAGUUUGAUUAGACUUAAUUGUUUUUCGUGACUACUUUAUAUUUAACAUGAAAAAAGGCUGCUGGAAGAAGUAUAUUUUAUAAUUGCAAUAUCUGACAAUUCUAAACUUUACAAAUGCAGGAAGCUUUAGUUUUCUUUUAUUUCAAACGGAUUUAACUUCAACUGCACUUUGAGACUUUAACAUUCCAUACAAAGACGUUUGCCUAAUAGAAUAGUGCCCCGUCAAACUUUUUAAUUCGUAAAAGACCAGCUUCACGUCGGGAUCUAUCCCAAUGUUCCGGACACUAUCUAGUAUACACAUAACACAAUUAUGUUUAAUUAAUUCUACAACAGCGAUUCUCUUCGUUACCCUUCGCAAUCCAUUCUCUUCUACAAUGAUAAACAUAUCAUAUAUUCAACUUAUUGCUAGUUGUAUUAACUUGAUUUCAUCUAUACAAGUUAUCCCAGGGAGAAUAUCAUAUCAAGUAUGUUACGUUAACAACGUAUAAGAACUGAAGCAUAUAGCGUGAUCACAUACAACUGUGCGCAAUCAUAUACAUACAUAUGAGCAGAUCAGUUUUGCAGUUAUUUAUUUUACUGAACGUCUCCAACAUCACAUAACUUUGAAGACUGAACGCAUACGUCAUUUAUUCUAACGUUCUACUUUGCUUAACAAACGCAAACCUGUUUGAAAAGCAUUCGACCAAUACCGUCCAAACGUUCAGGAUAUUUCUGCUGGGAUAGCCUGCAUUUGUCAUCUAAACUUUGAAAAUAAUUUAAAGAAUCGAAGAGGAGAUGCUUACAAAUUGUUGGCCUAUCAUUAACAUUUGUUCCUAUUUCCUUAAGCAACAUCGCGACUGGAAAAACAUGACACGCGCGUAAGCUGAGGUAAAAUUUAUCAUAAAAAAACCUGCUUUGAGAACGGCGCGUUUGAAAAACUGUCCUUUUUCCAUCUUACAGCAUAUUCUCGCGCGGAAACAACUACGAUUCUCCGUGGACGAUUGUACGCUCACAAUUGUUUUCACGCUGACUCUUAUGAGAUAUAAAAAACGCGUUUGCUAACGUGUCUUUUUUCCAGACGCCGUUUCAAUUACGUAGUAUUGACACUUCUCGUUUCUACCGAAGAAAGAUCUCCGGAGGACAAUAUGUUGUAUCUAGUAUCUUUUCGUCAAACUUUUUGUAAAUGUGGUGUAUAUACUAUAUAGCUAGUAAUUUAUUAUUGAUUUCCACGCAUAUACUUUUUUUAAAUUUUUUCUUCUCCCCGUUUCUCCUCUUUCCCCCUUUUUCUUUCACUUUACAUAUAAUCCACGCGUAUAUUAAAAAUAUAUACAUAUAUAUAUUUAUACUAAAAUCUGCCAAUUUUUAUUAUGCAUGUCAUAAAUUUUCGAUAUGCGUAGCGUGAGGGCACACACCACGAGGAGGGAAAUAAUUUACUUAAUAUAUACAGAUUUGAUACGAACCUAUGAGCUAUACAUAAAGCGCUUCGUAAUUUUAGCUUUUACAUUUUUAUUGUUGUAAACGGCUGUAAAUUCCUCUCAUUUACGAUAAGGGGCUUAAUCACAGACUGAAAGCUCUUUAAGUAUUUUAAAAACGAUAGCGCAUGGCUGAGGUGGCGUACAAGUCUCGUUUGAGCCUUACAAACCAUUUGUGAGUGUGUUUCAUUAGUUGUUCUCAUUCGAGAAGAAAGAGCGAAAAUGGGCGCGCGUGACAGAGAACAGCUUGUAAGGUUUAUCGUUAUCACGUGUACCGAUCGUCAUCCUCAUCCGUUUUAUAUUGUCAACAGCGUUGAUAGCGAACAUUACGAGAAAAGAAAAGAAACAAAGACUAGUGGCAUAUGCGCGUAUCGGGAAGGGAAAGGAUGCUGGGCUCUGUGCAGCACACAUGCGAAGCCGACGAGUUCUCUUACGAAACGCUUGAUGACGAGGCUCUUACAUUACGAAAGCGAAGCGUAGCAAUAUUAUCCAUCGUUCGUAGCGUAUAUCUUUGAACUUAUUACCUCAUGUAUCGUUUAAGUUAAUUAUGAAGCACAAGACACGUUUUUUAAGUGCAGGAUGGAACGGAGGCAGCUCGGGCAGAUGUUAUUUAUUGCGUUAUUUGCAUUAGAUACGUGUACGUAUAUGUGUAUAUAUAAAUGAAUAUAUAUAUAUAUAGAUAUAAUAUUUUAUAAGUACGUGUAGUUUAUAGCGUUAUAUACUCGCAGAAGAUGUAGCAGUCUGAUGCGCGCAGUUCGCGGCGUGCGGCGAAUUACGGUCUACGUUGAUGCAUUCAAUUCCUCAUCGCAAUACGAUUUCUGUAUGCUCUCCGAAAGCAGACAGCGUGUAGCACGUUCGUUGGGAUAUUUUCGGCCGACGCGAUUAAGAAAGAAAAUGAAAGAGAAACUCAAGAGACUAUUAAGAAUUGAGUACAAUGUCGUUACAUUAUAUUCCGCUUGUACGGUAGAUUUUCUAUUCUUUAACCGCUUAAACAGUUUUAUCGCGUACGUAGUGGUACUUUGUAACGUAUAUAAGGAACAAUAUUGCGAUAUAAGGAGUUAGUAAAGGAAUUAUAUCGAGUGUAUGUUAAACGAACUCGUGAUUUCUAUAUAUCGUCAAACAUGCACAUAGCAUAUAAGACAAUCCGUUAAGUCAGUCUUGCGUUUGCUGACUGUAUGUAUGUGCGUGCGUGUGUGUGUGUGUGUGUGAAAUUCUGUCGUCUAUUUGCAAAAAGAAAAGGAAAAAGGAAGAUGAAACACACUGAGUGCAACGAGCUAAAAAUCUGUUGUCUACGGUGUGAAACAUAUCGGAAUGAACUUUUUUAAUAAAAUUAAAUAGUAGACUAAGUAUUUAAGGUUCUCGAGAUAGGUUUCUCUACGUAAUUAACGGCGAUAUGUAAGUUUACAUACUUAAGUAAGUUUACAUAUGUAAGUUUUAAUUGGAAUCUCCCGCCGGGUUUAAGCGUUUGCAAAUUGUCGACAGAAUCGCGACCGCUGUGUAGUCACCGGGUUUGCCAAUCUCUGAAUCCGUUUGCCGGGCAAACUCUCGGUCGGACAGAAUUGCACAACGGUCCCGUGUGACGAGCGAGGCGAAGUGGACGCAUCGUCUCUGACUUGAUCACACCGAUUGUUUAGAUAUGCAUCUCAUUGUCAGCAGCAACACAACAGUUGUAUAGUACUUUAAAGCAUAUACAUAUCGCACUCGUAUAUAUGCCGUAAAAAGUAUACCAUUAUGCAUAAGUAUAUGGAUCCUAUAAUAUAAAUUGAUAUAUUAUUUGUGCGCCAUACUCCAAUGUUAACGUAUUGUAUUGUACAAAGAACAAAAUGUAACGUUAAAGCUA